UCCACAACCGCGGUCAACCGCACACAAGCACAAACAACCAGCCGGGGCGUCAUGGGUGACGAGGCGAUCUGUGUGCCUUAUCCUGGCGCAUACACGCUCGGGUUCAUGCUGUCCCUGAAGGACAAGCCGCAGUGCAAAGUCGCGCCAGAGAACAUCGCCUCCCUGCAACGCAUCUUCAAAUCCGCGUCGAGGCCAACACCUUCGUCAGCCAGCCAUUUCCGCCCCGCACCUGACUCUUGGAAGUCCAAGCACUCUGGUUUUCCCGCCCCAUCGUCCCGCCACGCCCCUUCAUCGUACUCUCGCUUUCGCGAUACCUUCCCCGAGCUCGAGGAAGAGGAGGAUAUUGAGUGGGACAAUGACGAUGACGCCCUGGACUGGGAUGCAGAUGACGAGCCGUUUGUCAUUGCUACCGGCGAUGUUCUCCAUGCAAAAGCCAAGCCGCCGCCACCACCUCCUGGCCUGGAAUCGCCCGAGCCGCUGGACGACGCUGCUGUCAUUGGCGCACCGCCAGGCCUGGAGGACGACCCUGCUAUCAUGAUGGCGCAACAAACGCCGCCGCAGCCACCCGUGCAGCAGCCGCCCACAGGCAAUGCCCUCCUCUCCAUGCUCAAGCAACAGGCCACCACAGCACCGCAAGCACCACAGGCAGCAGCACAACAGCAGCAACAGCAGCUGCCGCCACCACCAGCCCUGCACCCGCCCGUUCCAGCCCUGGAUAACGCCAUUGCCCCAGAACCGGAGCGCAUUCCCAACGUCAGGUGCACCCUUCCCUUUGUUCCCACAUCGGCUCUUCUCGCCAUGUCGCCUAGCGCGCACGAGCAAGUCCUCGCCUCGCACGCGUUCCCGGCACACGACUCUGUUGAUCGCUUCUUCGCUUCAUCCACAGACAACCGGUUCGUUGGUCUGACGCGCGACGAUGCAACGGCGCCCGGGGAAUUCUUUGACGCCAAAUUCCUCCGGGACUUGCAGGAGGAGGCGCUGUUGAGGGCACAGCGGGGCCAGCCCAUGCCGCAGGGCCCGCCAAGCCUCGACCCAGCCCACCAGCAGCAACAGCAACAACAGCAUCAGCAACAACAACACCACCAGCAGCAGCAGCACAAGCCGAUGAUGGGUCAUGUGUCUGCACCUCACCAGCACCCGCAACAGGGCGCGAACCACAACCACAACCGCAACCAGCACACACUGCAGCAGCACCAACAACAGCAGCAUUACCACCAUCAACAACAACAUCAUCAACAUCAUCAACAUCAACAACAACAACAGCAGCAGCAGCAGCAGCAACACCAGUCGCGCAUGCACGGUGGCGGUGUUCCUCCCCAUAUGAUGGGUGCCCCUCCACACUUCUACAUGCGUGGGCAGCAUCCCAUGCUGCAUCCGCACGCGCAACAACAACAACAGCAGCAGCAGCAGCAGCAACAACAACAGCAGCGCAUGCACAUGCACGGACAGUAGCAUGGCAGGCUUGCUUCCCCUGGCAACAGCAGCAGGGGCUGUGGCUGCUCUCACAUGCGCAUGCCUCUGUGACCCUUUGCGGGAGGCGGGGAGACAGUGUGCGUGCGUGUGUGUGUGUGUUUAUGUGUGAAUGUGAAUGCGUGUAUUGUGUGUGAAUGUGAAUGUGUGCAUUGUGAAUGUGAAUGUGCGUGUGUGAAUGUGAAUGUGCGUGUAUUUGUAUGAAUGAACGUGGUUCUUGUUUCGCGUGAGUGCGGGAGUGUAUGAAUGUACGUGAAUUUGUGUGCGUGUGUCUUUGCUUUGGCACCAGCAAGGGCACUUGGGAGACUGUGGAACUGAGAGUGCGCGCGUCUAUUUGCGUGCAUCCUGUGACUGUGAUGCUAAGCGCAAUGUUCUGUUCUGUUACACACAAACAAACACCAACUGCCGUCUGUCGAUGUGCCUGUUCUUUUCCUUUCAAUCCACACAAACACAAGAAGUAAACACAAAAGGUGCCAACCACACACACGC